AUGUCCAACAAACAACUUGCGCCCCAUACGAAGUACAAUCUAGAGCCCUCCCCAACCCUCAAAGAAAAAGUCCAUAAUACAAAAACACCAGAUCCUGCCUACAUGGUCAAGUUUGAAGAAGGCGAUCCCGAGGACCCGCGAAAUUUCCGCAGCAAGCGCAAGGCGUUUCUCACAUUCCAGAUGAGCAUGCUUGCUCUCGUGGGGGCACUCGGGUCAUCUAUCCUAUCCCCAGGACAGUCGGCCAUUGCAGAGUAUACGAAUAUAAGUCAAGAGGUGACAGUGCUGGCGACUUCGUUGUAUGUCCUCGGCUGGGCAGUAGGUCCUGUGUUAUGGGGUCCAAUAAGCGAGGUAUACGGUCGACGCUGGGGAAUGCUACCAGCAGUAUUCUGCCUAGGAUUAUUUAGUAUCGGAACUGCGACAAGCAAGAACGCUGCCAGCAUUUUCAUUACCAGAUUCAUUGGGGGUAUUUUUGGGUCUGCCCCGAUAAGCAACGUUGGCGCUGCUCUUAGCGAUCUCUAUACUCCGAAGGAUAGAGGGACGGCCAUGACGGUUUUGGCCAUGUGCAUCUCGGGAGGGCCAACUGUUGGUCCGAUCAUCGGCUCGGCGUUGGUGACGAAUUCGAAGCUUGGCUGGCGCUGGACCAUGUAUAUUGAAGCUAUCUGCGCGUUCGCUCUAUGCGCUUUUGCUACUCUGAUGCUUCGGGAGACCCAUACGCCGGUCCUGUUGAAAAAGAAGGCGGAGAAGAUGCGCCGCACAACUGGAAAUGGGAGAUACUGGCACCCACAUGCGAAUGAGACUAUUAACCUGGAUAACGCCAGCAUUAUGGCCUCAAUCGCCCUGUACGCAUCAUUUACGUACAGUUUGAUCUAUCUUUGUUUACAGUUAUACCCUAUUGUCUUUGAAGAGGAACGAGGAUACAGUCCCAUCAUCUCCUGUUUGCCAUUCCUCGGGAUUUUAGUUGGGAUAAUGUCCGCCUUGGCAAUCAAUUUCGCAAACCAGGCCUGGUACGCGAGAGAGAUGAGGGCAAACGGUGGGAAGGCUGUCCCUGAAGCACGACUCCCUCCAAUGUUGAUAGGUGGUGUCCUUCUCCCCACGGGCCUCUUUUGGCUCGGUUGGACAGCAGCACCAAAAUAUUCCUGGGCAUUGCCCACAGUCGCGGUGCAAUGCCUCAAUUACCUCGUCGACGCAUAUGGACCAUACGCAGCGAGUGCGAUUUCCGCCAACACAAUCUUGCGAUCUCUGCUAGCAGCAGGACUUCCAUUAGCUGCGAAGCCAAUGCUUCACAACCUUGGUGUGGGGCCUGCCGCCAGUCUUCUGGGAGGCAUUGCUUGCCUAGCCCUACCGAUACCCCUUCUUUUCAUGAAGUAUGGGCCUGCACUUCGGAGGAAAUCAAAACUUGCACAAACAAGCUCUGAGUAA